CUCAAUCUCUAUGUGAAUUUGGCAAGUUCAUCGAAAGAAUUGAAGAACACAGAGACAUCUUGGUAUCUGCAGCAGAGGAUCAGUUUGUGAAGCCACUAGAAAACUUCCGGAAAGAGAACAUCGGAGCAGCAAAGGAGGAGAAGAAAAAUUUUGACAAGCAGACAGCAAAGUUUUGCCAGUCGCAGGAGAGGUACCUGAAUAUGAAGACCAAGAUUAACGACUCCACUCUGCAAGAGGCAGACACUCAGGUGGAGUUUGAGAAGAAAGCUUUCUACACGUCAUCCAUGAAGUACGUGCUCAAGCUGCAGGAGGUGCAGGACAAAAAGAAAUUUGAGUUUGUGGAAAUACUGCUGAGUUACAUGCUGGGCUGGCUGACCUUCUACCACCAGGGCUACGUGGACCUGGAAGACUUUCGCAACUAUGACCACGAGCUCAGGCAACUGCUACAGAAGACGAGAGAAAAUUUCGAGUGCACAAGGGAUGAAGCCCAGAUUCUGAUGAGCAAAAUGCUUAAUGAGAACAAAGGCUUGCUCCAUGCAGCACAGUGGAAACCUUUGGAUCAGUCCGGCACUCUCAAGGGCUUUGCAAGGCAGGGAUACCUCUACCUGAUGGAAAAAAAGGCUCUGGGCACCACGUCCUGGACCAAGUAUUACUGUCAGUACAAGAAAGAAACCAAAGAAUUCUACAUGAUCCUUUACAACCAGAUGGGAGGGAAAAUGAAUGAACCAGAACGUUAUGUCCUUGACAACUGUGUACGGCGUGCCUCAGACACUAUAGAAAAGAGAUUUUGCUUUGAUGUGACAGUAAAAGAAAAGACAGAGGAUUCCUGGCACACACACGGGGAUGGAACCAGAACUUUCCCCUCCAGUGUGUUAAAAUCGCCUGCCCGCCAAAAAAACUCGAAAGAGAGAUCAGGGCCCAUGACAUUCCAAGCUCUUUCAGAUGAUGAUAGGAAACUAUGGCUGGAUGCCAUGGAUGGCAAGGAGCCGACGUACACUCUGCAUAAUAUCAAGACAGAAGAUUCCAUGUUGGAUGACAUUGGGUUCACCUUCAUCAAGCGAUCUGUGGCUGCCAUUGAAGCCAGAGGACUGCAAGAACAAGGCCUCUACAGAGUGGUUGGGGUCAACUCUAAAGUCAACAAUCUGCUCAAAGUCGCCUUAGAUCCCAAGAAAUCUGAGAAAGUGAACUAUGAUGACCCCUCAGUGUGGGAGACCAAGACAGUCACCAGUGCUGUGAAAAGUUACCUCAGGAAUCUUCCAGAACCUCUAAUGACGUUCAAACUUCAUGAGAAUUUCAUCAAAGCUGCAAAGCAAGACAGUAAAACACUGAGGAUUUUGGAUGUGCACAAGUACGUACAUCAGCUACCAGAGUCCAACUUUGAGAUGCUGGACAUUUUGAUUGGACAUCUCAGGAGGGUGGCGGAUGUCAGUGAGCAGAACAAAAUGACAGUUGCCAACCUUGGAGUGUGCUUCGGACCAUCACUAAUGAGGCCGGAGGAGGAAUCGAUGGCAGCCAUCAUGGACAUCAAGUUCUACAACAUUGUGGUCGAGAUUCUCAUCAAUAAUUAUGAUCAGAUCUUUAAAACCCCUCCAGACGGAGCAGACCUGAGCGAGUCCAGAGUUCUUCCACGCAACAACCAAACCACACAGAGGAACACCCCUUCUCAGGGCUCGACGAACCACAGCGAACCUCAGAGCCGACCAGUCAGCUCGGCCGCUGCCCUUGGCAGGUCACCUAACCCAUCAAUGGCUCAAACUUCGAGAAUCUAUGCAAACCAGGCACCUGUACACCCGAAUGCUGCGGCUGCAAGGGCUAAAAUUAGACCAGUGCAGAUCUACAAUGCGAAUACCGGAGGAUUUGAGGUACAUAACAGUACUAGCAGUAGCACGGAAUCCCUGAACUCUGCCAAAAGCAACCUAUCACCGAGGGCGUUAGCUGGGGGCGUGUCUCCGUCGGCAGUGGACAAGCCCGGUGGGGUUCGACGGGGCUCGAACCAGAAAGACUCACAGCAGACGUACGCAAAUGUCAAUGCAAUAGGUGAGGAUCCUCUCAAACAAUGGGAUCUGGCACGUCUGUGCCCAGCUCGAGAACCCGGUGGUGUACGCAGCAAUCAUUUGGAAGUGUAUUCCCGACACGCAGCAUUCCAACCUCCCUCAAAGUUUAACAUGAUGUCUGGGAGUGACUCACCAGCCUUUGGGAGCGUCAAGAAGAGAAGCAGCAACGACUUUUCCAACUUGCCUGGGGGAAUGUCCACGUCCAUGCAAGGCAGCCUGACAGGCAGUGUGACCAGCAUAGGCUCCUCCAGCAAACCUCCGGGCAGAACUGUGAUAACCAGGUACAGAUGUGAGGCAGACAACGAGAUGGAGUUGUCCUUUGAGGCAAAUCAGCUGAUCACCAAUGUUCGUCCAUCUCGAGAGCGGGGAUGGCUGGAGGGGACCCUCAAUGGCAAGACGGGCAUUAUACCGGAGAACUACGUAGAGUACAUCAACUGACAUUGACUUCCAGGGGGAGAGGUGGCCGGGUGGUUGGACUCAACCUCAAACCAUCAACCUUUCAUUUUGUCUGCUCAGGGGUUGAACGACUGACUGAAAAGUGAUCGGGCUAUAGGCCAGGCUGAAUUUGAUCGUUUUGAAAUUUGGAUACAUACCAAUUCUGAGAGGAGUAUGUAUUUGUAUGUGGAUCUGACAUGGAGAUAGAAUUGUUGACAAAGAGAGAGAUUUGACCAGAUUGUUCUGCAGGAUGAGAAUUGAUUGCGUUUAUGGUCAUGUAGCCCGUGUAAUAGGACUCCCCCUCAUGUGAUUGUUUUUCUUCCCUCCUCCCUCCCCUCCACUACUCAAGCAACAAGUAGCAGUGCAAACUCUUUACAGAAGAGAUUUAAUGUUGCAGAAGACUAAGACAGUAGUGCCAUGUUUAGGAAGCAGCCUAUGGAGCUGUGAUGCCUUGCUACUGAGUCAUGCUCCUCUCUGUGUCGGUGUGCGUGCUACAGCUGUGCUGUUAGGGCAGAAUACACACGUGUUGCUUUCUUGUGACAUAUAUACAAUUAUCGUGAUUCGGCAGAAUACUCAUGUGUUGCUGUCUGGACACCCAAGGUAUAACUACCGUGUCAGUAUACACACGUGUUGCUUUCUCAUCACCAGUGUGCAACUGUCAAGUUAAGGCAGGGGCAGAGUACACACCUAUUGCUCUCUUGUCACCUUCAUACAGCUAUGGUGGAGUCCACUUGAAUCAAACACAAUCAGAAAUUGCAGUAGACGGAAGGAAAUGAGAAACCCUGAUUUUGUACUAAGCUGUUUGAGCAAUUUCUGUAAAACAAAAACAUGGCUAACCAAAGAAAAAUUGCAGAUUUGGGUAGUACUAUUAACGGGCUCCACUGUACUUUGUAAGGGCAGAGUAUGUUCCAAGUUUCUUCCUUAUCACCAGCAUGCAACAUUGACAACAUCAUCCAUGUCACAAGAAAAAAUGAGUAACUUCAAAGUUGUAUGGGUUUUUUUAUUCACCUUGUAAAGCAGGGUGAAACGAACUUGAGUGUUGUUCUCAAAGAGUUGAAAUAAAUAUUCUGUAAAGGAUCAUAAGCUUUUUUCACAUGUGGUUUCAGCCUUGCCUUGUUGCUCCUUCAACUAUGAACUGUAACAUAAUUCUCCUCUCCCCUCCAUUAAAAGAAAAUUCAUAAUCAUGUGAUGUGAGAAGUGUGACUGCUCUAUCUCUCAAUUCACUCCUAGCCAGACAGUAUCGUAUAUCGAACCAAAAAAGAAACUGAAGACCUGAAAACAAGACUGAGUAUGCCCAUUUCUGCCAAAGGAGAAAAAACCAGCAAAAAUCGUAUUCCUCAUAUGUUUAGAUGCAGUGGGAUAGCAAUGGACUUUGGCCUGUGGUUUCUCUGGUACAAUCGCACCUUUUCCCUCUUUCCUCAUUUCAAUGCUGGCUGCCCACUGUUUUUUUUUAGCUCUAUUAAGGUUUUGGAAAAUCAGCUCUAUUUGUAGAUACAAACAAUCCACUAUUUCAGAAAUUAGAUUUGGGCCCAGUCUUGUCCUAAGAUUUUGGCUUUUGAUGGAGCACAAAGCUUUGAACUCAAGAGAAUUUGAGAGUUUCAGUCAACC